ACACCAUAUAGUGCACACUGUCAAAGUAUUGUGUUCAUCACCCUAUCAUGUCAGCUGAACAGCUAAUCAAUUCUCUCAAUUUGCCGUCUACCUUAGCAUCCUCUGGUCCAGAAUUAUCACCUCUCUUGUUACCAGUACUGGCAAUUCACCAUGGCCGCAAUCACCCCCACUUUAAGUGCUGUUUUUGGCUUAAGUGUGAAAUCAUCUCCAGACGAUUUAAGCUCUACAACAGACAACUUCAGUGGAUUCCCAACGGACUACUACUAUGAUUAUCCAGAGGAUGGCUACGGGAGAUGCACUUAUGAGCGUCAUGGCGCCACUUUUAUUCCUGCCCUCUACGCCAUUUUCUUCAUCCUUGGCAUUGUGGGUAACUCUCUGGUCAUCUGGGUCAUUGUUUGUGGUGUUCGGCUGCGCAGCAUGACGGACGUGUGCCUCCUGAACCUGGCUGUCGCUGACCUCCUCUUGGUUUGUUCACUUCCUUUCCUCGCCCAUCAAGCCCGGGACCAGUGGAUGUUCGGGGAACAUCUGUGCAAAGGGGUUCUGGGUAUUUACUACAUUGCUUUCUACUGUGGGAUCUUUUUCAUAAGUCUCAUGAGCAUUGACAGGUACUUGGCAAUAGUACACGCUGUCUAUGCAAUGAGAGCACGGACCAGGUCCUUUGGAAUGAUUGCAGCUGCAGUAACAUGGUUGGCUGGAAUUUUGGCAUCUUUUCCUGAGCUCAUCUACCUCAAAAUCCAGCCUGGUUCCAAUAUGACUCAGUUCUGCUACCCUGAAUAUCCAAGUACGGAUGAUUCUAGUCCAACCUACUAUCACUUCUGGACAUUGUUCAGCCUUUUUAAAAUUAACAUUUUGGGUCUUCUUGUCCCUUUUGUCAUCAUGGGUUUUUGCUACUCACAGAUCAUCUGGAGGCUGCUGUACAGCCCGUCGUCCAAGAAACAGGCCAUCCGUAUAGUUCUUAUAGUGGUGGCUGCUUUCUUCUGCUGCUGGGUGCCCUACAACGUUGCAUCCUUAUUCAAAGCUCUGGAGCUGUUGCACGUCUAUACAGAAUGCGAGAGCAGCAAAGCCAUCAGAUUGGCUCUGCAAGUCACUGAGGCUGUGGCUUACUCCCACAGCUGCCUGAACCCAGUCCUUUACGUGUUUCUUGGGAGGAAGUUCAGGAGGCACUUGGUGAGGUUAGUAAACAGGGCUCCCUGCAGACUGUGUCAGGUUAUCAAGGUGUACCUGCCUCAGGACCGAAUCAAUGGAUCGGUGUAUUCACAGACCACCAGCCUGGACGAGAGGAGCACUGCUGUGUGAAGUGGUUGAAUGUGGCAAAGAGGGUUUUACGGUAUGAGUUGAGUUUACUGUUAUUUUCUGUGUGGUCAAGCCAACAAUAAGGACAUUUCUCUUUCAUUUUCUUUUCAGGUCAUAAAUAGCCAAAAGUACCCUAAAUAGGUAAAAACACAUAUGCACAGCAUUUAAAAAACAUUGCUUAUCUAGCCUUGUUUAAAAUGCGUAUUUCAGUGGGAAUAAAAGAGUUUCUGUAA